AAAGUGUACGUCUCCCCAGCCUCAGCCAUGUAACCGCUGUGACUGCAUCAUCAGCCACUCUCACUACGUGACGCCACAAGCACCGCCUACCGUGUCAUCGUCGCUGUGACAUCACCCCCUCCCUCAGCAGUACCACUGACGUAACACAGCCAGGUAGAGAUGGCGGAGCAGGGCCCAGGGCGAUCUUUGGGCUCGUACUCCCCCGUAGACUACAUGAGCAUCACCAGCUUUCCCCGGCUGCCCGAAGAGGAAACCGGUGGAGAGCCAGGGCCGAGGGCCGGGGAGGACGAUACCUUCCUGGGGGAGCAUGACUCUGAUCCAGACGCCUUUUUGAAAUCAGCCCGCCUGCAGCGAUUGCCAUCCUCAUCUUCCGAAAUGGGCAGCCAGGACGCGUCCCCUCUGCGAGAGACAGUCAAGGAUCCAUUUAGCUCCGACUGCAGCUGCCAUCAGGAUGGUCUUACGGUCAUUAUAACUGCCUGUAUCACUUUUGCUUUGGGCGUCACUAUAGCACUCAUAAUGCAGAUAUAUUUUGGGGAUCCUCAGAUCUUCCACCAGGGUGCAGUAGUGAGUGAUGCUUCCCAUUGUACAGCAUUGGGCAUUAAAGUGUUGGAGAAGAGAGGGAGCUCUGUUGAUGCAGCAGUUGCGACUGCUCUAUGUCUGGGCAUUGUGAAUCCACACACGUCAGGCAUUGGGGGAGGGGGAGUGAUGCUUGUUCAUGACAUCAGAAACAACCUCACAGAUGUCAUUGAUUUUCGAGAGACGGCACCCUCCGGAAUCCAUACCGAGCUUUUAGAGUAUUGGAAAAAUAAGCCUGGUAUUCUGGUUGGUGUUCCUGGAAUGUUGAAGGGGCUAGCCAAAGCUCACGAGAUGUAUGGGAAACUGCCUUGGUUGGAUGUUAUUUCACAAGUGGAAGAAAUUGCUAGUGGUGGAUUCAAUACAACUCAUGACUUGGCUAAGGCCAUCAGUGAAUUGAAGGAAGAUGGUCUGUCAACAAGUUUUCAAGAGGUCUUCUUCCCACAUGGACUCCCUUUGACAUCAGGGACCUUUGUCAGAAGGCUGGACCUGGCAGCAGUUUUGCAUGAAGUAGCAGCAAGAGGGGUGGAAGCAUUCUACAGUAGCAACUUGACAAGGGAAAUGGUUGCUGAGGUCAAUGCACAAGGCGGAGUGAUGUCAGAAGAAGAUUUCAGCAACUACACUGUUUCUGUGGAGAAGCCUGUGCAAACUGUCUACCAAGGUCAUCUUGUGUUUGCCCCUCCUGCCCCACAUUCUGGCCCUGCCCUCAUAACUGCUCUCAAUAUACUGGAAGGGGCUAAUCUUACCAAGCACACAUCUCGUUCUAGUGCCUUGCAUUGGAUAGCAGAGACUCUAAAAAUAGCCCUUGGUUGUGCCAGCAAAUUAGGAGACCCCUCUUUUGAUCAAACAGUGGCCGGCUACGUAGCAGAGAUACUGAGUAAGGCGGAAUCUAGUUUUUUCCGGAAGAAGAUUAAUGAGUUCCACGCCGCCUAUCCUAGUGAUUAUGCAUCCUUCCGCACUCUGCAUGUGGGACCAGCCGCAAGCCAGGCCUUAGUUAUUGGUCCGGAUGACUUCAUUGUGGCCGUUGUCAGCUCUCUAAACCGCCCCUUCGGCAGUAUGAUUAUGACCCCAUCAGGGAUUCUUCUCAACAGCCAAAUACUGGAUUUCUCCUGGAGCAAUAAAAGCACCAACAUCUCUUCCCCGAAUCCUCAAAACAUUGUUGAGCCAGGGAAAAGACCUCUUUCUUUCCUGCUGCCCACUGUGGUGAGGCCAGCGCAGGGUCUGUGUGGUACGUACCUGUCCCUCGGAGGAUCGAAUGGGGAACGAGCAUUGUCUGGUAUCACUCAGGUGCUACUAAACGUCUUAUCUUUUAAUAAGAAUCUAAGUGACAGUGUAGCCCAGGGUCGUCUGCAUCCAGAUCUUGAGACCAACUUUCUGCAAGUGGACAGUGACUUUCCAGAAAACGACACUCAGGGCCUAGAAUCCAGAGGUCAUCAGCUUGACAGAACGCACAUCCUAUCCUUGGUGCACGGCUCACGUAGAAGCAACGACCUAAUCAUUGGCAUUAAGGACCCCCGAAGUACUGAUGCAGAGGCUGCCACCAUAUUGUAAAACAACGCCUGAUUACAACAAAAAUAACCAGGACAUUGAAACCACAAUAUUUCCCAAUGCUUUUUAAAGAGUGUUAUCGUCCCGUUAGCACCUGAACCUUGUCAAGUCGAUCGACCCAAAAUAUACUGGAGAAAUCAGAUUGUAAUUUGUCACCUGAUUAAACACAAAUUUUUGUAUGCCCCCAAACCACAAUCAAUUUACAAUUAAUGAAAAUGUCUAAAACUUAUAAUUUUGGGAAUGUCGUUUUUCUACAUCCCUUUCCUAAAAUCCACCUUGUACUUUAAGAGCAGUUUAAUUUUUAUUAUUUGGUUAAAUUCAUACUCAUAAAAAAUGACCCACUGAUAAAAAAGGCAUGCCAAAGAAAGCAAAGGAUUCUGGUAAAAUUCAGAUAAGUCACAGAGAAAUUAGAGGGGUCAUUGUAUUCAUGUUUACAGUUACACACUUAUUACAGUGUUCAGUGUAGUAAUAUUUACACAGCUGUGGAGAUUUUAUAAAUGUGAGGACUUUUCAAGGAAUGCAAUGAAAAAUCUAUUGUCCUAAGUUAAGCAUAUGUCAAUUUAUGUGGCAGAAAAGUGUGCACAUAUGUUUGCAUGGGUGUAGUAUGGUAUGCCGACGGCCGGACUCCCGGCGACCAGCAUACCGGCACCGGGAGCCCGACCGCCGGCAUACCGACAGCGUGGCGAGCGCAAAUGAGCCCCUUGCGGGCACGGUGGCGCGCUACGGGCGCCACGCUAUUUAUUCUCCCUCCAGGGGGGUCGUGGACCCCCACGAGGGAGAAUAUGUGUCGGUAUGCCGGGUGUCGGGAUUCCGGCGCCGGUAUACUGUGCGCCAGGAUCCCGACAUUCGGCAACCAGAAGACCACCCGUUUGCAUGUGCAUCAGAAUGUGUCUGUCUAGAUUUGUACGCAUCUUAAGCUGGGUACACACUGGGCGAAAUAUCAGGUGUUCGAGCGAGCAGCCGAUAUAUCGCAAAUCGGUCGGUGGGUGUACACACAGAGUAUGCGUGUGAACAACGUCUUUCACAAACAUAUUGCGUCAGCUGUGCAGCACAGCCGAUAUACUGUAUCUGAGUAUAUAUUGGCGCAUCUGGCUGUGUUUACAGGUGGUCAUUCCCUACACUUGCUGCAGGAGCUGGCACAUCGAGCGGACGAUUGGUAAGUGUAUAUGCUUACCUAUACCUGCAGCUCUGUUGGCGCAUCGGCGGGUCUACUCUCAAGUCGACUAAGUGUGUACCCAGUAUUAGACUUGAGGUCCCUCACUCGUAGUGAGGUAUAAUUGGUACAAGCAAAUGUUAGUUAAGUGCAGUAUGUGUAACAUGCUCCUCUGGAUAUAGAAAUGAAUUAGGCACGGGUGUAUAUCCAUAUUUGCCUCUUAGGAGGUAUAUAUUUUAUGGCUACUGUAGGCCUGGUGUAAAAGAUGAUAAUGAUGACACCUGCAGCCAUAUCUAUUCACAUUUGAUCAUUCGUUUUUAAAUCAAGUCACGGCCACCCGUUCAUAUUAUUUAUUUGUGAUGUCAUUUAGAUUUCUAAAGGAAGAAGAUUUUUACAGAGGUAGACAGGUGACAGGUAUGAGGAUGUUUGCAUUUCAGUACCCUUUAUAAGGAAAAUGUGACUUGCAUUUAUUUGUAUCACUGUUAAUGCACAAUUCUCACUAUUCUCUCAUGUGCAUAGUACACUGGGAAAUGGUUAAAAUACUGCUAGUCGGGAUCCCGGCGGUCACAAUGCCGCCGCCUGGAUCCCGGCUAGCGGUGAAAUGUCACCGCCGGAAUACCGGCGCCACAGCCUAUUCUCCCUCUGUGACCAUGACACCCAUAGAGGGAGAAAAAAAACUGCAGCGUGGCAAGCGCAGUGAGCCCGCAAGUGGCUUUCUAGCGCUCACUCCACUGCCGGCAUUACGAUGGACAGUAUCCCGCUUUUGGGAUCAUGACAGCCGGGAUCCCGUCCGCCGGCAUUUCAUUUUGAUCCCAGUACACUUGAUUACAUUAUUAUAUAUUGUGUACAAAUAAGGUAAUGCAACUUUUAUAUUUACUACAGACACCGUCAAGCCACAUCUCUGUGCUAUCGUUAGAUGUAUGAUUGAGAUGCAUCUAACUCUAGGCUCUAUAUUACUGAGGUGGGAUUACUCACAUUAUCUAGCUGUUCUUCCCGUUCUUUGCACAGGAGUUUCUGAUUUUCACAGUUGUCAGUAUAAAUGAGUGUUCAAAAUCUGGUUAAUCUAUAGAGAUGUAAAUUUGAGACGUCUUAAUGUAAGUAAAUAUUAAUCCAUGGUUCUUGGCGUUACCCGAGGAGAUACGGUAAACAGUACAGGAGCAUUUUUGUAGUUUAUUAAAUUCUACACACUGGAGCUGCAAUCCAAAUUUUGAUCCGAUUGGCCGUUUGGGCGAGAUCAUUCACACAACGCAAGCCAUGCAUCGGUAAUGACGUCAUUAUGUCAAUCCCCUUUUCAUCCCCUUAGGGGAGGGUUAUCAAAAUUCUAAUUACGUAGUUUUCCUAUUUCCCACCUGCAGAAUACUUAUGUUACAUUUCAGCUUCCUAACAUAUCGGGAAGUAUGAGAAUUAGUGAUGAGUCAGUCAGUCAGUCAGUGAGGUCUUUCACAUUUAUAUAUAUAUAGAUGACACAGUGGGCCUGAUUCAUGUUUGUAAGUAAAGCAAAUUAUGAAGCAACAGGACAAAACUAUGAUGCACUGCAGGUGGGGCAGAUGUAAUGUGCAGAGAGAUUUGGUUUCGGGUGGGUUAUAUUGUUUCUGUUCAUGGUAAAUAUUGGCUGCUUUAUAUUUGCACUGAAAUUUAGAUUUCAGUUUGUACACAUCACACCCAAAUGUAACUGUCUCUGCACAUGUUACAUUGGCCACACCUGCAGUGCAACAUGGCUUUGCCCAGUUGCUAAUUUGCUUUAUUUACCAACAUGAAUCAGGCCCAGUGUCCCUUAUCUGUCUAAGCACACAUGCUUUGUCAUUAUAGAGGGGUUGGUAAAUUGUGUGUUUGUAUAAAUGCAAGAUCAUGAUUCACUUAACAUUAUUAUGUCUGACACCUGAUAGGGAGACACAGUUCCAUUGCCUCAUUGCUACCUUCAGUCUGUGCUAUCUUGCAGCACAGGUAACAGAAACCAUGGGGGUAAUUCUGAGUUGAUCGCAGCAGGAUUUUUUUUUAGCAGUUGGGCAAAACCAUGUGCACUGCAGGGGAGGCAGAUAUAACAUGUGCAGAAAGAGUUAGAUUUGGGUGGGGUGUGUUCAAUCUGCAAUCUAAAUUGCAGUGUAAAAAUAAAGCAGCCAGUAUUUACCCUGCACAGAAACAAAAUAACCCACCCAAAUCUAACUCUCUCUGCACAUGUUAUAUCUGCCUCCCCUGCAGUGCACAUGGUUUUGCCCAACUGCUAAAAAAAAUCCUGCUGCGAUCAACUUGGAAUUACCCCCCAUGUUCUGUAGCUCUUUUCUGUCUGUGCCACAAAAUAGAGGAUGAGGGUAAAAACAACUUUUUGUUCCCCUUUGUGACUUUUAAUUUGCCAGAGAAGUAAUAUACGUGUAGAAUAUCUGGUGCCAAAUGUAAGAAUAUUGUUUUGCAUGAAUUCAGGAACUAGAUCACUGUUUGAUUGUCUUAAAUCUGCUGUGAUAACAAAAUGUUUUCUCUACUCUUCAGCUGCACCAAGGGCCACAGUGAUUCAAAAUGUUUUUUUAUGCGGUUUAUAAUUAUUGCCAAUCUGUGUUUCCCAAAUUAAAAAAUAAAUGAAAAUGAUCGAUUUCAACUGA